CAAAAAAUUCCUGGAUAGGGCUUAGGUUUGCAGCAUUUCUGCUCAACCCCCCAACCCAAAAACCCCUAAACCCCCAAUCUGAGAGCACAAUCAACCCUAGUUACAGAAUUCCAUCAAAAUUUGCUAAUGCUUCAAGAUUUUCUUCCUCCUGGAGCUAGCCAUCUUCUUAAAUGCAUCGGACUGCUAUCGUGUUGAGCCACAGAACACUCAGAAACAGAGCUACAGCUUUAUUGCAGAACGCAAACAUAUUACACAACUCUCAAUUGAAUAAUAGUGCCAAGCCAGUAAAUGAAAAUGGUUUUUUUCCACUCAGAGCACUUUUUUACAGCACUUAUACGUUUACUAGGCGAGUUCCUGACCCGAAUGAUCCGGCCACCUUGAUGAAGGAGGACGGCGUCGCUGUUUGUUCACAAAUGUGGAUAGAGAAUUUCCAGGAGCCGGAGAAAACUGUUGGUAAUUUGACCAACUAUUUGAGGAGGUUUGAGUUGUGGGUGUUGGCAUACCAGAAGGUUUGCACCGACGAGACAGGCGCAUACCUGCCCCGUAGCUCCAUUACCCGUCCUGCGCUUGAGGACUUGUUGGCACUUAGGAAUGCUGUUCUUGAUGGCAGGUUUAAGUGGGGAGCUAGGUUAGAGUUUUUCAUUAGGUCUCCCAAGGACAAAACGGAAUAUGAGUCAUUAUCAAAGAGGAAGAUUAGGGCAAUUUUGACAACUACACAGCCGGCGCCUUUCCAGGAUAAGAUUGUUCAGGAGGUGUUACUGAUGAUUUUGGAGCCCAUUUAUGAAGCAAGGUUUUCACAGAAGUCAUUUGCAUUUAGGCCAGGAAGGAAUGCCCAUACGGUGUUGAGGGUGAUCAGAAGGAGUUUUGCAGGGUACUUGUGGUAUAUAAAGGGAGAUUUGAGUACGGUGUUGGAUGGUAUGAAGGUUGGGAUGGUGGUUAGUGCUCUGAUGAGGGAUGUUAGGGAUAAGAAGGUGAUUGAUUUGAUAAAGGCUGCAUUAACCACACCAGUGAUCACGAGUAGGGUUGAUGAUGGAGAGAAGAAAAAGAAGAAGAAACGGAAGUAUCAAAAGAAGAGAGUUCUUGCAGAAGAUGAACCGAAGCCAGAUCCUUAUUGGCUGGAAACAUUUUUUGGGUUUGCACCAGAGGAAGCUGAAACACAUCCUUCAUGGGGUCAUUGUGGAAUCCUUAGUCCUCUUUUGGCUAACAUAUGCCUGGACGAAUUGGACCGAUGGAUGGAAGAUAAAAUUAAGGAAUUCUAUAGGCCAUCUACAAGUGAUGUCAUAUGGAAUAGUCCUGAUGGGGAGGCAGAACAAGGAAAUACAUCUUGGCCGGAAUUUGUGCCCACAAGUGGUCCUGAUAAGACUAGGAAAAUUGACUACAUACGCUACGGUGGUCAUAUCUUGAUUGGAGUUAGAGGACCAAGGGCAGAUGCAGCAACUCUGAGAAAGCAGUUGAUAGAAUUCUGUGACCAGAAGUAUAUGCUAAAACUUGACAAUGAGAGCCUCCCUAUUGAACACAUAACUAAAGGCAUAAUGUUUCUUGACCAUGUAUUAUGCCGAAGAGUUGUGUAUCCUACUCUGCGAUAUACCGCUACUGGCGGGAAAAUUAUCAGUGAGAAGGGUGUGGGGACACUAUUGUCUGUCACAGCUAGCUUGAAGCAGUGCAUUAAACAGUUUAGGAAGUUGAACUUUCUGAAGGGAGAUAGGGAUCCAGACCCACAACCUUGUUUCAGAAUGUUCCAUGCUACCCAGGCUCACACAAAUGCCCAAAUGAAUAAGCUGUUGUCAACAAUGGUUGAGUGGUACCGAUAUGCUGAUAACAGGAAGAAAAUAGUUAAUUUUUGUUCAUACAUCAUUAGAGGCUCACUUGCAAAGCUCUAUGCCGCAAAGUACAAGCUGAGGUCACGAGCAAAAGUUUACAAGAUUGGGGCUCGGAAUUUGAGUCGUCCUCUUAAGGAAAAGAAAGGGCAAUCACCAGAGUAUCAUAAUUUGUUGAGAAUGGGUCUCGUGGAAUCAAUUGAUGGACUCCUAUAUACCCGAAUGUCUCUUGUACCUGAAACGGACUACUCUCCUUUCCCGGCAGGAUGGAGACCGGAUCAUGAGAAAGCAUUACUGGAAUAUAUAAGGCUUGAGGACUCAAAAACUCUUGAGGAGGAACGCAACUGCCUUAAAGAACAAGGCCUGAUUUCACCUCAGGAUUACAUUUCAAUGCUA